UCAGAGUCACCCUCCGUGUCCGUGGAGAGCGGAGACGAUGAGGAGAAGCUCCAGAGCAGGACCCUGAAAUACAACCGUGAAUUUAACCGUGAAUAUUACCGUCAAUGACGAUGAGAGGAGCCGUGCUGAGCCUGAGGAGCUCAGGAGGGGCUCUGAACGGAACCUUCACCGUUUACACCGAGGAGGAGGAGGAGGACAUGUCCACGAGUCCGAGUCCCACCGAGUCCUCCUCUCAUCUGACCCCCGACGACAUCGCUGUGGUGGUCGGCUUCUUUUCCUUUCUGCUCUUCCUCUUGUUCCUUGUGAUGCUGCUGGUCUGCAUUUACCGCAAAGAUCCACGAAAGUGCUGCAAGAUCUGCUCCUGCCAGAGGCCGUGUGGAGAUAUGGACACUCCUCCUCAGUACCACAGCAGCAGACAGACUCUGGUGGGGUCAGCGUGUCUGGAUCAGACGCACAUCAUCAACGACAGCCCCGGCCAGGCGGGUCAGCUGUUCUUCGUCGGUCUGCCCUCCAGCUACUCUCUACCCGGUCCCCCGCCGAGGCUCCCGUCCUAUGAGAGCGUCCGAAAAAAGGACCGCCAGAGGCAGAUCCACAUGAUGAUCGCAGACCGCUUCGGCCUCAAUGGACCCAUUGUGAGCGAGCCUCCUCCGACAUACGAGGAAACCAUCCGUCAGUCCGUGGACCUGCCGUACAACAUCCUCUCCUCCGGUCCAGACCUCUCGUCUCCUCCGGGUUUCUACGCCAACCCCGGACUGGACGCUCCUCAGCAGGUUAGCCCUGAGGCUAACAGCAGCGCUCCACCCGUGUGACGCUCAUCAAGGACCGUCCCGUGAAUGUGAAAUAAACUUUAAAGGGACACUGCUGAGUGGAUCCUUCAUGAGUGGAUUCAGAUACCUCAAGAAGAAAAGGGUUAAUUUUAGAGACAGCUGAUUGUGGAGAAACCAAAGAGGAGCAGAACCGCCUCAAGGAAAGGGCCGGACACGUCUGAAUGUUAAAAACUUCUCUAGAAUAACGGAGAUGAUUCUGAACUUUACUGGGGUGGCAGGCACAUCUAAAGGAAAACACUGAAACCAAAAAGAAAACUCAGCAUCUCUCUGUUGGCUGUUCUCUGGAUGAGUGCUUGUGUUUGAGCUCUUAAAGCUCAGUCAGUCUGAUAGUAUUGGCCGAUCACUGAAAUGUAAAUAUUUGCAUAUAUGUCCAUUGACAUGCACUGAUUGUAAACUUUUUUACAGACUGUAAUGCACAAAAACAAUGCUUUUUGAUUGAGGUACAGUGUAGUUUUUAAUUGUUCCAUCACCAUCUCGAGUUCAUGAAGCUAAAUGUCACAGCAUGCAGACGGUGGUCUGCUAAAAGAGCAGCUAACGAUGUAGAAUAUUUUCAUUUAGUCUUUUUUUGUUUGUUUGAAAAUCAGCCAUCUCUGUAAAGGAAGACUGCAGCCAAAACUCACCUGUCAAUAAGAAAAUACAGGAACAAUUCAGCUUUUCAUGAUUAGAAUCUAAAAAUACUCUAAACCUUUAGAUGUGGAGGCCGGGUCCUCCAGGAGGUUUGUGAAUGGGGAGAGCAGUUCACCUACCCUUGCAGCGUGAUCCACUGAUCCUCCUGAGGCUGAGUUUAGCUGCAGACUUGGACUCAUGCAUGGCAGCAAUAGUGUGGUUUUCCCACUAUCUGAGCAUGCAGAUGAGUCUUUCCGUCCUUGGUAAUUCUGGUCUUACUAUACUCUUGUGAGGCCUGCUCUACAUGUACGUGGGGCCCAGGACCCAGUGUGCCGGUCCAGAUGCCGAAGGCGUGCAUCAUGGAGGGGUCAGCUGGGAGGACACCUGGAGAGAUGGAGCUUGGACCUGGAAGGGGCCAGGAGGAUGGCCAUGAGGAGGCCAGAGCAGUACAGGACCAAGGCUGACCCAGUGAACUGGCAUAUGCUCCCAUACCUGACCUGGAAACCUUUAUCAUACAAGCAUAGUCAGUGUUAACACUGAAGAGAACUAUUUCUACAUUUAUGGUCAGAUAUAGUUCAUGUGAAAUUGGCCCUUUUAUUUAAGCGGUGCAUAAAAUAAUCCAAAACCAUUAAAGUGCCAAAAGCCGAUAAUGAAAGGGAAAAAUUAAAACAGUCUGUCUUUCUCUCCUCGGUGGCAGCGUCUACAUUUUGGUGUUUUCUGGUCCAUUUUCUUUCCAGUCCAUGGUUUAUCUGUAUUUGUAUUUCCAUGUCUAUAAGCAUUGACUUUGAAUCUUUAAAUCAUGUAAAUUUUAGUACUGGUCUGACUUUACUGGUUUCUCAAGUCUUUCAUUCAUGUGACUUAGAAACCUCCUUGUCUAGUAACACUUACUGCUGAGGAGGCAGCGCUCUAGCUGAGAUAGAGGCCUUUAAUAGAGGUAUAAUACCACAUUAUGGUUUAUUUUUGUACUGAAUGUUUUUAUAAAGCUUGGCCUCAAACACUGGAAUGUUUUCUCUAAAAGUUUGUUAAACUGAGAGGGAUGAAAAAACUUUGAAUUUUUGUUGUUUCUGUAUUUUUUUUCUGCUUUCACCUGUUAUGUUUACUUCAAAAUGUUUGUCCUGAUCUUUGAUUUUUGUAUUUAUUAAAAAACUACUUUUUAUCAUUUACCCAUGUGAACACAGUGGAUUAAAAAUUGUACAGUCUGGGUAUAUUGUUUA